AAUCUCCGGGCUCAGUUCUGUCUCUGCUCGGUCUCAUCGUCCACUUCUCUUCUUCUCCUCACCCACCCCGAGGACUCUACUCUUAUAGAACAAGAACAGCAGCAUAUUAAGUCAUGGCAUUCACACCUAGAGGAGGUCGCGGUGGCGGCCGUGGAGGUUUCUCGCGCGGAGGCGGCGGCGACCGCGGUGGUCGUGGUGGAUUUUCUCGCGGAGGCGGUCGUGGAGGAUUCGGAGGCGGCCGUGGUGGUGGUGUUGGCGGCGGGCGUGGCGGUCCUCGUGGAGGAGGCCGUGGAGGUGAUCAUCGAGCCCCACAGACACGCCGGUGUGUUCAUCGCUCGCGGCAAGGAAGACAUGUUGGUGACCCGGAAUCUGACCCCCGGCGAGUCCGUCUACGGCGAGAAGCGCAUCUCGAUCGACGUUCCCGCGACCACGCCCGACGGCGUGGCCACGAAGGUCGAGUACCGUGUCUGGAACCCUUUCAGAUCAAAGCUGGCUGCCGGAAUCAUGGGCGGUCUCGACGAGCUCUACGUCGCUCCCGGCAAGAAGGUGCUCUACCUCGGUGCCGCGUCCGGUACCUCUGUCAGCCACGUCUCUGACGUCGUCGGCCCCGAGGGCAUCGUCUACGCUGUCGAGUUCUCGCACCGAUCCGGCCGUGAUCUGAUAACCAUGGCCAAGAAGCGCCCGAACAUCAUCCCCAUCAUCGAGGAUGCGCGCCACCCGCAAAAGUACCGCAUGCUCGUCGGCAUGGUCGACGUUGUCUUUGCCGACGUCGCGCAGCCGGAUCAGGCCCGUAUCAUCGCCCUCAACUCGCACAUGUUCUUGAAGGACGGCGGCGGUGUCGUGAUCUCGAUCAAGGCCAACUGUAUCGACUCCACCGUCGAUGCCGAGACCGUCUUUGCGAGCGAAAUCCAGAAGCUGAGAAAGGAGCGCGUCAAGCCCCAAGAGCAGUUGACCCUCGAGCCUUACGAGCGUGACCAUUGCAUUGUUGUCGGCAAGUACGUCCGGUCCCAGAGCGCUUAAGUUUCUUUUAUUCCAGAGACUUUGGGUAAGAAGAUGACGACUCAGAGAUGAGUAGAAAGAGCUGGAGGAGUAAUAUGGAAUGCAAAAAGUCAAAGCAAAGGAUUUUGUAAAUUAAUGCUCUUUUUUCAUGGUUGUAUUUGAUUUGUUUUCGCGUGUGUUUUGUUGCAAUCUUUUGUGGUUUCUGUUUUGGUAUAUAAUGCACUUUAAAAUAGCUGUUAUAGACUGACUGUUAUGACUGCAGUUGGUGAUCUGUUGGUAGUAGUAUUGUAGUGACUUCCUCUUCCAGGACUACAAUCUACA